ACACUUAAAAGGGUUUUGUUUGAAAUGUUACAGAGAUGGAUUGAUUGUCUGCAAUGCAAAUAAAUGGUCGUUCAAGACACUUUUCACUCUGUUUUUUUUUUUUUUUUUCUUUGGCAGUAUUGACAAAACUUAUUUUAUCUGAUUAACAAACAAGAUAUGUGCUAUUGAUAGAAUCUGAAGGUUUUUGCCCAAAUUUCUAUUAUGGGUUUGUUGAAUUUCAUUGACAUUAGGCAUUCUGUGCUCAAAUUCUAUGUGAAUAUUCUGUAAAUCUGAAUCAAAAUCUACGGUUUAAUGCAAAAUGUUCAUGUGUUUUUUUUUUUUUUUUCAAUUAGGUCCCUGGAAGAACUACCCAAGGUUAAUUGUUUUCCAGCUUUGAAACCCUAAAUUUCCGCUUGCUACACUUACUCUGAAGGUUUUUGUUCAAAUUUCUAAUAUGGGCCCCAAGAAGAACGACUCAAGGUGAAUUGCUUUCCAGCUUUGAAACCCUAGAAUACAGCCAACAACAUGAGUGUGCCUGCACGGACCGGCAAGCUUUUUGCCCCACCCAAUGAAUCUGGCGGUGAAGCACUUGCGUUCUGGUCACCAUUACCACCACCAUGUCAACAACAAUUUGAAGAUCCUUGUCUUAUUAAGUACCCAUCUUUCAAGAAACCCAUAUCUUCUGAUACAGUAUUGAAUCCGAGGAUCACUUUACCGGUCAGUAGAUCGAUAGAUGCCAUUCCCUUCAAGACCCAAUUAUGCACUAAGUUUAGAUUGGGUAAUUGCAGUUAUGGGAACCAUUGUCACUUUGCCCAUGGCAUUGGAGAUAUCCGAAAGCUUCCACCCGGUAAGCAGGGCCGUGUGGUUGAAAUUUGGGAUGAGAACCGCAGAAUUAUCAGUGAAAGACUAUGUAGGAAGUUCUGGAAUGGGGAAGAGUGCCCAUAUGGAGUGAGAUGUCAUUUUGUUCACAAAGGUCUCAAGAAAGUUAGAGAAGAUAUAGGUCUUUCGAGGAAGAAUACUGCGAUAAGCAUUUCAACUACUGGGUCUGGAGGGGAUUGCAGAAGUGGCUCUGAUCCAUUUGAAUACACGAGGGUUGUAAAUUCAAGUUUGAAUGCUAAUGGAGUGAACCAAAAUCAAGUGUUUUGGAAGACGAGGCCCUGCAGAAAGUGGGAGACAACCAGUUACUGCCCAUAUGGCGAUAGAUGUUCCUAUGCUCAUGGACUAGCAGAACUACAGAAGCUUGGCAACUACACAGCAUUGGAGUCGGGGAAUGUCUCUGUUUCGAAGGCUCGUGCUAUUCCUUCCAAAUAUGCAUCAACCAGCAGAAUAGUGAUUGAGACUAGCUAUAAGCAGCAACUGCAGGGUAAGAAGUGCUUAUUCAAGCGGAAAGGAGUUGAGAAGAUCACUGGCAUCUAUGCUGAUUGGAUUGAUGAUAUGCCUCUUCUGCAUAGCUCAUUGGGCAGAGUGGGCAGCUGAAUUUGAAUUUGAUUUGCGCCAAAAGUCAAAAUUUUAUGUUACACUGAGCUACAGAUAGGAAUCCGUUUUGUUUUUCGUUCAGUAAUCCCGGGGUUUGACAAUUAGAAGGCUUGUUUGCCUAGUCACCUCAGGGUUUCACAAUUAGGCUAAUAUGAGAUUUUUUUUGAUCUAUAGGAACCUACCUCCUCAAAAACCAAUACUGGAAAAUCUUAUGCUGCAGAAGAAGAGGAUAUAAUCACUUUGUUUACUAAUAGACCAUCAUGAAUUUAUGACUCAUAAGACUUUCACUGACUGUUCAUUAUGUUACAUAGUGGAGUUUGUUAUGUUCA